UAGGGGCAGAGCAACAUUUCAAUAAUAAAAUCGCCACUGUCAGGCGGAUAUACACGGAAACAAGCCAACUACAGUCGCUUUCUAAGGGAAAUAUGAAUUGACCUGCUGGAAACCGCCUUUCUUUAUAUUACAUUGAUAAUACAAGCUGGAAACAAGACUGGAUUCACUUGCCUACAGGUGAACACAUUUUAAUGUGAAUACUGAAAAUUAUUUGGCUGGCAUCGUGCAUGUUCACACCUAACUGCAGAACGUUAACCGGGGCUUCGAUAUUAAAGGCUAAACGAUAUGGCUGUUUUCAUGUUUUCGUUACUCGUCCAUGUGGGAAUUGUUGUUGGAUCAAAUUAUGGAUAUAUGGAAUGGUCCGAGCACCAGAGAGACGCUGAAAUAGGAGCAAAGCAACCCAUCUACAACAUUCAUAUUAACAGUCAAGAACCACAGCAUCAUGCGCCUUAUUUGCAGAAGCCCGCGACCGAGCGCUCGAUCUUAGCACAGAAAAUCGAGGAGGAUCUACCCAGAGUGGUUACGGCUUUUCUUCAUACAGGAGAUUCGUCAACGUUAAAGCAUGCGAACUGUUCACGGAGAUACGAGCUGAGCAGUCUGCGUGACAGACCAUACACGACUUCCCAUUAUUCCCUACACAGUGUGAUGGAUACCGUGAUUCAAGCCACAAACUUCCUCAAUUUGAUUUUACAAACCAACAGGUCCAGGGGGCACGACCUCCGACAAGACAUAGAGUGGUACCAUGCGUUAGUCAGGAGUAUAUUGGAAGGGGAUCCAAAAAUUCACCGGGCUGUGCUCACGUUCAACACUGAAUCAUUAGCACCGGGUCCCAACGUCUUCCUACAAGCCACGAGAGCGGGAAGCGAGAUAGUUCUCCAAGAUCUGUCGAUGGCGGCCCACCAUCACCUGAAAAACAAGACGCCGGAGACAGAAUGGUUCCAUGAGUUCCGGGACCGAAAAACCCCCCAACUGCACAGGAGAGUGCUGAGCCACGACAUCAAAUCUCUGGAUGCUUCCCUCAGGAGAGGAGACGGUUAUGUUAUUGAUAAAACUCAGAUUAAGUGGUCGGCGCCUUACCUCGAGUGCGAAAAUGGGAACUUCAUUCCAAAGUGGCUCCUCACGUUAUCUGCUGCGUUCUACGGCCUAAGUCCAAACAUGGCCCCUGAGUUCAGAGGUGUGGUCCGGGUGGACGUCAGUCUGCAGGAUGUGGACAUAGACCAGUGCUCCAGUGAUGGAUGGUUCGCUGGGACCCACAGAUGCAACCUUACCAGUAUGGAGUGCAUACCAAUACGGGGCUACGGAUUUGUGCUGGACAGAUACAAGUGCCAGUGUAAGAAAGGCUUCUACCAUCCCAGGAGAGUGGCUGUCAAUGGCUUCAAAACUAAGGAGAAGGAGAGGGCAGUUUUGGGGAGUUCCGAAGGAGACGGGGUGACAGAGGAGGGCUCCAGCAAUUGCCUGCCCUGCAUGGAGGGGUGCGCAUACUGUAGGGAUGACACACCCUGCCACACCCAGGAAGACGGCAUCCUGCGUGUGGCCAUCAUCUCCUUCCAGGGACUGUGCAUGCUGGGAGAUUUCAUAGGCAUGGUGCUGGCCUACCACUUCCGCAGGAAUAAGAGUAUCAGAGCGUCUGGACUUGUCCUUCUGGAGGCUAUUCUGUUCGGAGGCCUGCUUCUCUACUUCCCUGUUGUCAUAUUAUACUUUCAGCCCAGUGUAUUCCGCUGCAUCCUGCUGAGAUGGGUUCGACUCCUGGGAUUCGCCACUGUUUACGGGACUGUGACUCUGAAGCUGUACAGGGUUCUAAAGGUGUUCCUGUCCCGGACAGCACAGAGAAUUCCCUACAUGACCAGCUGGCGUGUCCUGCGACUGUUGGGUAUCAUUCUCCUCAUCGUCUGUUGGUUUCUUGUGGCCUGGACAUCGGCUGUCUGUCAGAACCUGGACAGAAACCUUUCCCUCAUAGACGUGGGCUCCACUCCCGAUGGACUGCAGUUCAGCAUGUGUCUGCUGGACCGCUGGGACUACAUGAUGGCAGUUGCCGAGUUUCUUUUCCUUCUGUGGGGAGUGUACCUUUGCUACGCCGUGAGGACGGUGCCUUCAGCAUUCCAUGAGCCUCGAUACAUGGCUGUCGCCGUCCACAACGAGCUUGUCAUCUCUGCAAUAUUCCAUAUCAUCAGGUUCAGUUUGGCCUCUGGACUCCACCCUGAUUGGAUGCUCAUGUUAUUCUUUGCUCACACUCACCUGACGGUGACUGUGACUCUGGGGUUGCUGCUUGUCCCAAAGUUCUUGUUCACAGGGACUCACACUAGGGAUGACAUUGCCACAGAGGCCUAUGAGGAUGAGCUGGACAUGGGUCGGUCGGGGUCUUACCUAAACAGCAGCAUAACUUCGGCUUGGAGCGAACACAGCCUGGACCCAGAAGACAUCCGGACCCCAGAUGAAAUCGGCCCACUCAGUUCUAUUAAUGGCUGUGGCGUAAGGUCUUGCGACAGUCUUUGGGAAAAACGUACCAAUGAAGAGCUGAAGAAACUGUAUGCCCAGCUGGAGAUCUAUAAGCGGAAAAAGAUGUUGGCUAACAACCCACACCUGCAGAAGAAGAGGAGCUCCAAGAAGGGCUUAGGCCGCUCCCUCAUGCGGCGAAUUACCGAGAUCCCAGAGACAGUGAGCCGGCAGUGCAGCCGGGAGGACAAGGACCAAGGGGAUCAUGGGAGCAACCGUAACAGCAUCUGCGCCCUGCGGAAGAACCCCUUUGAUCCUUCCCAUGCUUCCAAGCCCAAAGACGACUCCUCCAUAAGCAAGGUCUUCUCCCUCAAGAAGUCCCACAGCAGCUAUGACCAUGUGCGGGAUCAGAGUGAGGACUGCAACAGCUCGGCUACUGACAAGAUGGAGGUCUCGACCACUGAGAGCUCCCUGCUGGAUGCCCUGAUGGGCAAGAAGCUUGUAAAGAAAAAGUCUGUGGACAAGGUGGACCUUGAAUCCACUGAGUCCGUCCCCCUGGUGUGCAAGUCUGCCAGCGCACACAACCUGACUGCUGACAAGAAGCCCAUCCACCCCAGGACUUCCAUGUUGCAGAAAUCCUUGAGUGUCAUCGCCAGCGCCAAGGAGAAAACCCUGGGGCUCACAGGUAAAAUCCAGAGCAUGGAGGAUAGUGUAAAAAAAGGCCACCAUAAAGGCAAGGAGGGUAAGGUAGCCCCAGAAACGGAAGAGAACCAAGACUGCUACCCAAAGGUGAUACCCGCCAGCCAGUCAGUGGAGUACAAGCAGACCGCCGGCAAGGCUGGGAUCAUGAAGCAGCAGGUGAGCGGGAGCCAGCCGUCCAUCUGCUCCGAGGCAGUAAAAAACAAAGAGCUCUAUGACCUCUCAGAGGUGUGCCCUUGGGAAAUGGAAGAUAUCCCCAUGCACUCCGAAAAUAGGGUCCAGAAGCAUGUGUCCAUCGCCCCUAGGGAGACAACUACAUUCCAUGGGAACGGCACCAAGGGGAAAAUGCAGCAGAAGCAGAAGACUGUGGACCAGUCCCCUUCGAACGGCAAGCGCUCAAAAGAGAAGCUGGUGGACCGGUCAGAUAUAUGCCCCUGGGAAGCCGAGGGGGAUGAGGGACAGGGUCUGGUGGAGGCUGUCAAGCCUGAGACGGCCAAUCAGACAGCUAGUACUGCCAGGGAGAAGGCCAAAAUACAGAAGGCUGAGGUUUGCUCAUGGGAAGAACCGCCGGCCAAGGUGGUUGAGGCAGCCCAAUCCCCAGAGAAGGUCAGGGGAAAUAAGAGUGCCAUGUCGGUGGAUGCUAAAGUAAAGGAACCCAAGACAGACCAGCCUAAGUCCACUGGCAGCCUCCUACAGCCCUCCACCACCAAGGCGGACGUCUGCCCCUGGGAUUAUGACACUCCACUGACCCCGAGUCCUGAAAAGACUCCCAGUCCCACUCAGGUUUCUAAAAAGGAGUCACCCCCAAAAAAGAAAGGGGCACUGCCCACAGCCACGCAAACGUCAGAGAGGGAAAUAGAGAAAGAAAAGGCGAAAGACAAAGACGACGAGAAAAUCAAAUCAAAGAGCAAGGAUAAAAUUAUAUCCAGCAAACCAGCUGAGAAGCAUAUGAGCAAAUCUAAAAUGGCAGAGGUCUGUCCCUGGGAUAUAGAUAGCUGUCAGGAAAUGCCAGUGGCAGACAAACGGAAAAGUGCCACAAAUGAACUGGGGCCAGCCAAAAGCAAGCAAGCCGACAUUUGCCCGUGGGAUUAUGAGGCUGUGCCAGACAGCAAAGGACUAGAUAAAAAUGCUUCCACAGUGAAACAAAAUGCCACUAGUUCCAAAGGGGGGGUUGCCAGCAAUGCCAAAAUGGCUGAUGUUUGCCCAUGGGACUUUGAUGAUCAAACAUCAGGGAAAAAGGCAUGACACUUGGACAUAUCUUGAAUGUUUAGUUCUCAUUAUACAGUACAUUUUUUUUCAUAGGAUGAAGUCCUGUAAUGUAAGCCUUUCAAUUAGGAGGCGUGAAGAGGAUUUAUUUAUUUAUUUGUUAUUUUUUGCACAAGUUGCCUUUUUUCCAAUGUUUUAUUUCUGUUUUGUGUGUUUUUCUUUUUUUGGAAGAAAAAAGCAAAGAACAAAAUGAGAAACUGUCUUAAAAUGAAGCAUUCCAGAUUCCUACUGAGUAUUUGCUGAAAUCUUAUAAGAUUAAAGUUGGUCUUACAAUUAUGCAACUCUGAGUCACUUUAUCUGCAGUGUAGAAUAUGUUCAUAAAUUUGUUACAUUGCAUGUGUACACAGGCAUUUUUUCAACCAGUUCUUUCAUUUAAUGAAGAAUGCAUUGCUUAUAGUGCAUUUUAGUUCAUUUCACAAGGGAAAAUUAUGAAACAAUACCCCUGCUGGAACUUGCUGGACAGGAUAUUAUGUAAAUAUGUGCUUUAAUGCUGGCUUAAGGGAUGAAUGUGUACACGGGUUACACGAGUCAAGCAAGGGGCUCAGUACACAAAACAUAAGGAUGCCAAAGAUAUAUUGUAAGAUGUAGUGCAAAAUAUCUCCCAAGAUUCACUACCCGCCUCAAAAACAGAACAACAAACCUGGAAAAUGAAAGCAAAACUGGCAAUGGAGCAGAUUAUAGCACUUUAUUACAUAUCUCCUUGGUCUUAACCAGAUUAUUGGAGAAAUCUUUUUUCAGAUAAGAUUCCUUUUCAACAUAUUCAGCUGGUCCAUUCAAAAGGUGUCUGACGGGUCGCUGUAUAAAGCUUCAUAACACCAGAACCUCACUGAGUCACUGGGUGUUCAAUGUGCAAAGCAAGGCUUAUUUGGUUCUUGUUAAUGUUUCCUUUACUUUUUCUUCUCUUUGGUGUGAGAUUCUUUCUGAAGCCCUUAAGGAAAACGAAAACUACCAGGCCUUCAGAAAUAUACCAUGUGCCUCCUCAGUCUAAUUGUAGUAGCCUUAGAUAAAUUAAUCUGAAUCAGUUAAUCUGAGAGCUGAAGCCAUGGAGAAACAAGUUUCAGCAAGAAUUUACAUCUGUUUUAGCCAUCAUUAGUCCAAGAUGUCCUUUUUUGUGAGUAGGGAGAAGAGUUUUGAGUUGAUUGGCAACAAGUGUCUGUGUGCUCUGGUUUCAGUGGUAUUUUUCAGCAAUGAUAGUUAACAGCUUGGCAGGUGCGAGUAGAACCUGUGGCCAGUGUGGUGCACUGACUGGAACCACAAAUAAAUAAAUAAAAACAAAAAAGUAGAUGCAACCAUUUCCUGUCAGACAUAAUAUUUGUGUAACUCAUCACCUAGACAAUUCAUAUUUCUUAUAUGAAUGCAUGUAGAAUAUUUUGAAUGAUGAUUUAUUUAUUUACAGAUAUGUGCAGCUGUAAUUUAUUCAAAGAACCUUUCAUGGUUAAAGCUCAAUGCAUUGGAAUAUGAAACAUUAUUUUACAAUUCAGUUGUUUGUUGAAUUUUUUUUUUUUUUUUACAGUGUAAGUGCUUUUCACUGUACGUAUAGCAGAUGCAUUUGAAUACAUAUAUUUUUCCACCAUAAUGGCAGAAUAAUCUUCGUCAUUUUUGGAACAUUCCAUGUUUUUAUAUUUUUAUUUAUUUAUUUUAUAUUUAAUGUUUUAGUUUUUCUAAAUUUAUCAUCAAAUACCAAUUUUUUUAUGGAAUAUCUUGCAGAUUGUAAAUGGAAUGAUGUUUUAUUCUAAAAGGCGGGACAUUGCCAACUAUUCAAUUGUUAAACUAGAUGUAGGUUGUUUCUUUAUAUUGGCGGUUUAGGAAAGAUAUCAAGACUCCUGAAGGCUUCCAAAGGAUAUAGUAGGCGUAAUUUAGAAAAUAAUACUGUCACUGUUUUAGAAUAAAUUAAUAGCAAUUUGUUAUGUCAUUCUGACCAGAGAGAAAAAAAAAUGUGUGUAGAUUUUUACUCAUGUGUUUAUUUUUAUAGAGAAGAAAUAUUCGACACAAAGCAAUUUUUGUUCUCCUAAAUAAAUGCUCACAGCUCAUACACUAGUGUACUGCCUCUGGCCUUGUUCUCCUUAUGUUUCUGUGCUGAUUUUGGUGUUUUUCACCUAGAUGAAUACUGAUAUUGUAAAGAAAAACAAUAACGAUAAUAUAAAAAUAACAAUACACACAGGAGAAAUAAAUAGAAACCAUGCAAUAAGGGUUUUUUGGUCAGUAUCUCUAUGGAACAUCAUAGUAAUCCUCUUGUUCCUGUGUAUUUCUAUUGAGUAUUGUUUUUCUUGUUUUGGACAAGAAGACAUUAAGGUAGGGCAAAUCUCUCACACAGUGUAUGUAAUAGUCAACAAAAUGCGUUCCCGACAGUGUAGAUUACAAUAAAAAUUCUGAAUUACAUUUAAAUCCACCAAGUUUUUAUAUGUUAUAAUGUUAUUAUUUUAGCCAUAACUAUAGACAAUUACAGACACGAGAGCCUAGUUUAGCUCAACACACCUGGUAGUAAACAUUGUGUCUUACUUUUGUCUCUGUGAUGAAAUAUGUUUCUCUUGAUCUCUUAUCCAAAAUGGGAAAUGUUUCAAAUACGCAAAUGUCAGCUUUAAAAAGUAUUACUAGUCUGUGCUGUUAGUUUAUCCCUGAUAGGAGAUUGUGUGAAUUAGAAUGAACUGCAUCUCCCCUAUUGAUUGUUAUGGAUCGAUGUUCCAAUGCAGCAUUUGUAGAACAUAGCUAAUGGUACAACAUGCAUACACAGACCCCUUUCCUAACACCUCAUACCCUAAAAGCACCUUGAAAUUCUGAAUGUCAAGUAAGAGCAUGUGUGUAGUCGUCUUGGCCAAUGGGAAAUUAGAUCCACUAAAAGCAUCUUUGAGUGUCCACUGUUGAAACGCACCACUGCGUGGGCAUGCCUGUUCAUCAUAUUGUUUUUAGCAGAAAAAACAUGUUAAACAUCAAUAGGUAACACCUCUCCCCCAUCAUCCCCCAAUAAUAAAUGCAUUAAUUUAUAAAUAGAACCUGUUGGGUCAGGCACACAGAAUGAAUAUCCUUAAAAUUGUAUCUAAUUCCAGUGAAAGUCUGGUCAUAAUUACAAUGCAAAUUAAACCCUGGUUUACCAUUUCCUUCUUCUAUCAACUUUGCAGUUAUCCAUUUCCAAUGUAUACUUCUCUUUCAUUCUCUGCUGUUUCUGUGUGUAACCCUAGACCAUGUCCUCGAAAAUAAAACUAUUGCACAGUUUUUUUGUUUGUUCUAUUUUGUUUAAAUUGUUUCAUAAUACAGCACUUCAGCAUAAGUCUUAAAAAAAACCUGUCUUUACCAGUAACCGUUCCGAUAACAAUAAAUGCGUGUCCUAAUGCUAAUUAGAUUCCUGUUGGGUUUUUAUAUGGUGACUUCUGUUUGUUUGUUUGUUUGUUCUACCGGCUUCUUUUGUGACUUAAUGAUGUCACCUAAUGGGGAAUACUACUCAAUGCUGUAGCUGUAACUGUAACUGUUGCUCAAGUGGCUUCUGCAUGAAAACAAUAAUUAGUAGGACUGAUGUUUCACUGCCCUUGAAAAACUUUGAUCUUUUGGACUGUUAUGAAUUGUAUAGUGAGUGAAACUGUACCUUACCUACUGUAUUACAUGCUUGUUAUACUAAAUGCUCUAUGACAAGCUUAUAGCAUCCACAUGGAAAUAUUUGUUAGAUUUAUAUUGUGUUAUAUUGUGAUAGCAUGUAAAUAAAAUACCUCCUCUGCAAUAAAAAUUUAUAUGAAAUUCAAA